CGUCGAGAUCGGCACCAUCUGCGUAAUUGCAAGCCUGCCGCCGAUAUUCUAAAAAGCGGACAUUCUUCUCACUCGCCCAAAAAUCUCCCGCCGUCUCCUCCUCCUCCUUCACCAGCCCUACUGUUCUCUCCGUUCCGUAGUUGGCUUGGUGCUCGAAAUCACCGAUCGCAUCAGCAAUAAGAUGGGGGAAUCCGUGGACGAGUUCAUGGUCACGCCGUCGCCCCCCGAGGGGAAGCGGAUUCGAAGAUGCGUCCAAACCAAGCUCUCUUGGGGUCGACCUAAGGAAAAUGCUGGCUCUCCAGCUGCGGAUGUGAGGGAAGAAAUCCGCAAGGGCGAGGGCACGGGUAAACGGAAUACCAAGGUGAAGACUCCCAAAAAGUCUCCAUCUACCAGAGCAGGAAGGACAAGGCUUUCUAAAUCACCUGGUAAUGGCAGCUGCAAAAGGUCAAAGAAGAAUGAUGCUGCUGGUAAAUCUGACAUUGUGAAAGAUUUGGAUAUUGUUUGCCAGAAUGUAGAAAGGCCUGCAUGCAAUCUACAGCUAGAAGCAAAACUAGCACACGAGGAAAAUAUGCUAGGAAAGCAGAUGCAUCCAUUUUUCACUUGUAGAAAAGAAACCAAAAGAUUGACAGAGUCCCUAGAUAUUCAGAAAUUAGACAAGGGUGGGCAGUGGUCUAUAUAUGCCAGUGAUGAUGCUAAUAUCUAUACUCCUUUUCAUAUAGUUGACACACAGGUUGAAGAUAUUUCAUUAGAUUGGAGUAAUUGGAGUUUUACUGAGCAAGCCUUUGGUCUAAGUCGCUGUCCAAUGGAAGACGAUUGCAGAAGAUUGGUUGAGCCUUUGAAGGUCGAUCCUGUUUUCCUUAAAGCGAGGCAUACUUCUCUAUCAAGUUCAACAGACAUUAACUCAGGCACAGCUACAUCUACAAUAUCCAAUGGUCAAUUCCAAACACAGCACCAGCCACCCUACCCAGAGGCUCAUUUAAACAACUUGUCAUUAUCACCAAGAUGUGGUAGAUUGGUAGGAAGCUUAGAGAACUGUUCUCAGAAUGGAUUGGAUGAAGAAAGGGUUUUAUCAUACUACAGAAGACCUAAUGAUUGGUCUGAGCACAGCCUCUGGACAGCCAAAUACCAGCCAGAAAAUGCCUCGGAGGUUUGUGGAAACUCUCAUUCAGUCAGUCAGCUCGCUGAAUGGCUCAAGUCUUGGCAUGAGAAAGGUCGAAAAAGUGACAAGCACUGCAACGUUGAGGAGCAAUGUGUAGUUGAGAACAAUGAAGAUAGAUUAUAUAAUGCUGAGUCUGAUAUGGAGGAUCAAGAAGAUAGUCUCGAAAAUGUGCUUUUGGUAACUGGACCAGUGGGGAGUGGAAAAUCUGCUGCCAUACAUGCCUGUGCAAAAGAGGAAGGCUUUGAAGUCAUUGAGGUUGAUGCAUCUGAUUUGAGAAACGGCACAAGUAUUAAAAACAAAUAUGGGGAGGCAAUGGAAUCGCAUGGAUUUAACAGAUGGUCCUCGUACAAUAAUAACAAUUCAAGAGGAAAGCAAAAUGUCAAUGUACUUGCAGACGCACCAUGCACUAUGGGAAACAUGAAAUCUGAAAAUUUUGGACUUACUACUCCUAUGGGCAUGCAAGAAAAUGAUCCUAGUCAAUGCUCUUGGACUGGAGAGACUAGAAUGGCAAAUAAGUCACUGGUCCUCUUUGAGGAUGUGGAUUCUGUGUUUGAUGAUGAUCAUGGUCUUAAUAGCUUUAUUUGUACUAUCCUCCAAUUGGCAGAAACCUCAAAGAGGCCUAUAAUACUUACAAGCAAUAGCAAGAAUCGUGCCUUAACCCGUCUAUUAGGUCAACUGGUUUUAGAUUUUGAGCUUCCAUCAAAUGAAGAGUUGUUUAGACAUGUGCACACGAUUUGUGCUAAUGAGAGGGCUCAAAUUUCAUCCUGCUUACUGCAGCAAUUUAUCAGUUCUUGUCUGGGUGAUCUACGUAAGGUGAUCAUGUCACUUCAAUUCUGGUGCCAGGGAAAAAAUCUUAGAAUUGGCAGCAAUAUACUCACAUAUAGUCCCCUACACUUUGAUAUUGAUGCUACACAUAUGGUAAUACCAACUGCAAUUCCGUGGGAGUUCAAGUGUGAAUUGUCAGAAAAGAUACUUGAUGAGAUCAGCAGAACAUUAUCUUCAAUAGAAGACAACUCAGUGCCAGUAGAGUCUGAUCCAUUAGAAAAGAUUAGUUCACCUAAUGUGGGGGGAGUACCCAAGGGAAUCACUAAGAGUAAGAAAAGCAAAUUAAAGAGGAAAAUGUCAGAUCCAGAUUCCACAAAUCCAGCUAAUGGCAAUGAUCUUGACGACUUCUCUGAUGCUUCUGAGUCACUUGCAGGAGCUGAUCUUCCAAGAUCUAAUAAGAAGAGGGCCAAGAGGCCUCGUAUCAUCCUGUCAUCUCAGUCUAAUGAUAAUUUAAGUGCUGAUGAACUUCCACCUGCAGAUAUUAUGUCAUCUGAUGUGAAUGACUAUCCAUUUGUAGAUACACCGACUACAAUGCUGGAACUUUGUAGUCCACUGAAUUCACCAGCUAAGUUUCAGAGAGAUGAUGGUCGUCAGUAUUUUCUCAACAGUGUUGACACAGCAUCCGCUUUACAUAUUUGUGAUACAUUCAAGUUACAGGAUGUCUCAUGUGUUCCAGAUUCUUGUUUUCUAUCUGGUUCUGAGGCCAACAAGAGAGAGGAUACCAUGUCAGUUGUAGUAUCUUCUAAAAACAUAAGUGGUACUCUAUGUGAUUUGGUUCAGUCAAUCCAUGCCUCACAAGAACAAAAUAAUAAUCUAAAUCGAUCCAUAACCAACAGAAACUUAUGCCCCAUCAGCAACUUAUAUGAGCUCGAUGAGGGGCUCGGUGAUUCUGAUAAUGGGAUUCAAGAGCUUUCAUGCAGUGGAUAUCAAUUUAUGGAUGAAUGCAGCCAGGCUACUUUCUCCAUUCGGUCAGUUCCUAAGAGAUUCGAUCAAAAUUCUCCAGGCACUGUUUCAGUCCAAGAAACAUGGCACAAACUACACAACCAGCGUGAAGAACUGAAAAAAUAUGUAGGAGAAAGCCAAAGAGAGUCUUUAAUACUCAACAUCACGUCUGGAUUAACUGACUUAAUUGCAGACUCUGAUAUCAUGUUCAGUGGCUGUUACCCUGCUAUAACUGAUGUUCCGGAUCCUUCAUUGACACCCGCCACUGAGCCAGAUGAUUUCUCCUGGUAUGAUGAACAAUAUGAGAUGGGAUCCACAUACUCUCAACACGGCCUAUGUCAUUUCAUGAAACAUUGUGACAAUGCAUGCCAAGAUGUGGGGUCAAUACCAACAGAACCUCUAAUGCAGGAGAUGCUGAUUUCCAGCACCAAUGCUAUGGCACUUGGGAAGCUGCUUGCCUUGGAAAGUACUAACAAGCAUGAUACUUCUUAUGGAAGUCUGCAUAUGAAGGAAACAAUACAUGACAUUUCAACAAGGAAAACACAAUCUUCUCUUUUGGACGUCCUCCUUCCCAUAGUUCCUGCAAGAUUAUCAAUGAUCCUAAGAGGCUCUGCAUUCCAUGACUACUUGUCCUUCUCAAGUUACAUAUCCAAGUUAGAGAGUGUCCGAAUCUCAGAGUUCUCGAAAGAAAAAGGUCGACGGAGGUCUCGGUCAUCGCAACACUAUCUUUCCAGUUCACUUACACUGCCAUCGAAGGAUCUGGAAUUGUUAAAUCGUGCCAGCUGCUUUCAGGAGGCACUACCUUAGAUUAAAUGCCCAAAGCAUAGCAGUUCGGCUACAGACUCUUGUAACUUAUGCCUCCAAAGCUUUGAUUCUAAUAUUAUGAUUUCGAAGCCAGCUAUUGAGAAAAGAAGCUGCCCAUACUCAUCUCGAAGAUCAUUUAUCCAAUGGUUUCACCAGUGUGCCAUUUUUUUAUUUAUCCAGAUUAGUCAGCGUCCAUUGUAAAUUUUUUUCUUGGAUGCAAAUAACAAGCUCUUACUAAUCUCAGCAUCAAAUGUAAAUCUACUAAUUUUGUUCCACGUUUUUAUUGUCUAUGCUCAGUUGUAAUCCUAUUUGUGUGUUGUAUUAUCGCUACUGCAACUGCCAAAAUAAGAUCUAAUCUCAUACAAUCUUGUUCAGGUUUA